AUGUCUGAAGCAAGUGUCUUCGAUGCCUAUGUGCUCCCCAAACUCUAUGUCAAGCUGCAUUAUUGUGUGAGCUGUGCUAUUCAUAGCAAGGUAGUCAGGAAUCGAUCCCGGGAAGCUCGGAAGGACCGAACACCUUUGAUGUUGGAUACUUUUGGGAAGACCUUAACACCAAAGAGCAUUGUAAAUGUUCUAGAAGACAUGCAAGGAAUGAAAGAAAUCAAACUGGAGAAAAGUUUUCAGUAUAUUCUCACUGUGAGCCAUCUUCAAAAGAUUAAAAGAAUAUAUACUAGAGAGACACCCUAUGAAUAUAAUCAGAGUGGUAAAGACAUUACUCAAUGUACUGUUUUUCAAACACAUAAAAGAAUACAAACUGGAGAAAAACCAUAUGAAUAUAAUCAGUGUGGUAAGGCCUUUGCACGUCAUAUUCAUCUUCAAUUGCGUAGAAGAACACGUACUGGAGAGAAAACAUUUGAAUGUAAUCGGUGUGGUAAGGCCUUUUCACACUACAGUAAUCUUCAAAGCCAUAAAAGAACACAUACUGGAGAGAAACGCUAUGAAUGUAACCAGUGUGGUAAGGCCUUUGCACAACACAGUCACCUUCAAAGCCAUAAAAGAACACAUACUGGAGAGAAACCCUAUGAAUGUAAUCAGUGUGGUAAGGCCUUUGCAUGGCACAGUGAUCUUCAAAGACAUAAAAGAACACAUACUGGAGAGAAACCUUAUGAUUGUAAUCAGUGUGGUAAGGCCUUUACACGACAUAAUCAUCUUCAAAUGCAUAAAAGAACACAUACUGGAGAGAAACCCUAUGAUUGUGAUCAGUGUGGUAAGGCCUUUGCAUGUCUCAGUCAUCUUCAAAGGCAUAAAAGAACACAUACUGGAGAGAAACCCUAUGAAUGUAAUCAGUGUGGUAAGGCCUUUGCACAACACAGUAAUCUUCAAGUGCAUAAAAGAACACAUACUGGAGAGAAACCCUAUGAUUGUAAUCAGUGUGGUAAGGCCUUUUCUCAAAACAGUGUUCUUCAAACACAUAAAAGAACACAUACUGGAGAGAAACCCUAUGAA